UUGUCAUUGAACGGCUCCCGCUAGCUUUGUUCGGAUUAAGGUCAACAUGUUGGACGACUCAGAAACUUAUAAAUUAUGGCGGAUUCGUAAAACUAUUCUCAAAAUGUGCAAAGAUAGGGGUUAUCUAGUUAUGCCAAAAGAAUUAGAGCAAUCACUUGAAGAUUUCAAAGCAACGGUCGGGGAUCCACCAACGAGGAAGGAUCUUCUCAUGGUUGUUAACCACGAAGAGGAUCCUGCUGACAUGUUGUAUGUAUUCUUUCCAGAGGAAGAAAAGGUUAACAUGAAGACUGUCCGAGCAUAUUUGAAUCAAAUGCAACAAGAUAGUACUUACAGAGCAAUCUUGGUUCUUCAAGAGAAAGGCCUUACACCUUCUGCAAAAACAGCUAUUGCAGAACUUUCAUGUAAAUACACUCUGGAGUGUUUCUUUGAAAAUGAACUAAUGGUCAAUAUAACAGAACAUCAGUUGGUUCCUCAACACAAUGUUCUCACACAGGAAGAAAAAAAAGAGUUGCUCGAAAGAUAUCGGUUAAAGGAAAAUCAACUCCCCAAAAUGCAAGCUAGCGACCCUGUUGCCCGAUACUAUGGUCUAAGAAGAGGUCAAGUUGUACGAAUUACUCGACCAUCAGAAACAGCCGGACGAUACAUCACCUAUAGGAUAGUUUUGUGAAUAAAACUGUGUACAAAUUCUGAAUUUUCUGAAUUGUAUUUCCGGUCUAAGAUUCGAUGAAUCCAACUAAUUCAAAUUUACCAGUGUAUUGUUACUCCUAUCAUGUGAUACUAAAUGAGCGAACAUUGCUUCGAUGAUAUUCUCUUUUGUUGUCUAGAUUCUUAUAGCCAGAAAGCAUUUAUGUUAUAUUUGUAAAGCUUCUAGCUAUAGAUGUCAUACACUGAAAACUAAAAAACCUUUCAAGUUAUUUGAUAUUUUAAGUGACGCUAAUAAUUCACCAUACAAGCUGGGUUAUGAUGGACAGAAGUGAAUAUGAUGAUUGUUUUUAUUUGAUUUCCAUUUUCGUCCUUGAUUAUUUGUUUGUUAGCUGAUAAGUUUCUCAUAGUCACGCUUUAGCAAACUAUUCUGUAUCCAACCAAUAACUGAUAUCUUAA